UCCCAAGAGAACGACAGGGAGAAUUAUCCGCGCACAGGUACAGCUCGGUAACCAUAGGAAUAUAAAGUUGAUGUUUCUUUAAUAGGAAAACAGGGCACAUUUUGGUCUUAAAACAGUUGCACACUGCACGUGAUCAGAAGAGCAAAACUUCAUCGGCGUCUUUAUCAGGAGCAGUACAACAUACUGCGUUUCCAACACUGCGGCAGACGGGAGUGGCUGUGAUCUUCGCUAUCCGAUUUCUGCGCCAAACGAAGCCAACGCAACGAGGCAUACAUUGCAAUAGAUCGUUGUUUAUGUAAAAAUAUACACCAAAUUGUCUGACCUGUGUAGGAAGAAACCGGGGACCACUUUUAUCCGCCCACGUGAUACGAUUCCAACUGUUGUCUAAUAUAUCUGAUUUUAGGACAUUGGAUAAAAUGAUCCGAAUUCAAGAUUAAGAGCAAGACGAAGUCCAGGUUAAAAGGAAGGCGAAGUUCGAUUAUUGAUGUCACAAUCUUGUUGAAUAGGUGACUAGCGUUGAUCAAGGUGAAGAGAAACCGAGAUCAUUGUCCAAAGUCUCAGUCCGCAAAUUAGGGUCCAGUCAAGUUGUCAUGGACACACAGCGCGUUGGCUGCGUUUUCGUGUACACCUUCGUCGUCAUGUGUGCCACUGUAACUGGACAUUGGAUAGGAUACACGGAUGGCGUCACAGAAAACAAAAACGGGCCAAAAGCUUUGAGUCAGCUUCUAGAAAUACAGACACCCAAUUCAGCCCCUGGUCGGUUGCCUCUACGCCAAAGAUUUAACCGACUGUUUUCGAAGCGUCAGCCCUUGGGUGGCCCGACAGACAGCGAUGAUGAAAUUCUUGAAGAGGAAAAAAUCACCAUUAACCAAAAUCCGCCACCUACGCUCUGGCAGGGCCUUCUCAGAUUCUGUCAGUUCGAACCAGCGUCUUCGUUAUUACUCUGCAACGUGGUGACUAAUUAUUUCCAUGACCCAGCGACGGCGGCCAUGUUAGGAGCCAUGUCUACCUUCAGGCAGCACGAGGGAUUUCAAGAAAACCAACUCGGUGAAAACAGGAUGACGAAGAAAUCAAAUUUCUGGCAACCUCUUGGUGCCCCUGGAUAUUUUGGUUCUGACACAUCUGGGUCUAAGCAAGGGAAUGCUGGAACUGGUGCUAAACCAACAUUCCGCUGGGGUUAAUAGGUCUCGAAUUUAAGUUAUGCCCAUGUGCGGAGACGCAGACCGUAUAUUUUAAAAGGACUGUACCUCGUGUAGAAUAAGUCGCCGCCAGUUUAACUUGACUUGGAAUCGCAUAUUUGUUUGACUUCAUUCUACCAGUUCAAUUAACGUUCAUUUGCUAUGUCUGGCACUUUGAACAAAGCAUGGUAAAUAGCUCUAAAUAUUUUAUAUCUGACACCUGUUCAGCUUGGCAAACACUGCCUUGGUAUACAUGUUACUU